GUAUAAUUGUCACGUGCUAAGACUAGUACAGGUUCAUCGCGACAGAUUUGACUUCAAGCCCACCUUAUAUGUUACAAGCGGUCGAAAAGCAGAGUUUAUCGGAAAAAUCAUACGAAGAACAAACUACUUACGUCAUGACGCAGCCUUUCUCUUCGCUUGACCAUUUUUUUGGGAAGAUGGACGACAGCGGUCUUGAGGAGGAUGACUCCGAUUGCUAUCCCCUCUCGCCUACGAAUAUCGAAGUGAUCAAUAUGAAGAUCAAUGUGCAGGAAGGAAAAAGCUACUUUUCCGAGUGCAAAAAGCGGAAAAAGCGCAACGAACGGAACAUGGUGCAAGAACAGCCUCCGGACGAAUAUUAUCUGCCCGUCCGGGAGGUUUUGGUGAAGAUUUUGAAGGAGUUGCCGCGCGCCAAGAAAUUUUCCUCCGUCGUGGAAACUUUGAAAGAAUUGAUGCGGAUCCGGGGGUAUCGAAUGCAAAUGUUCUUUCUGGAUCUGGAAACUUGUCUUGCAUUUUUUGCAGCUGAAAGGAAACCUGAAAUGCACACAGAGCAUGACAAACUCUACUGCGAAGAGGACUUCUACAAUCUACAUGCGUAAUCUGCAUCAGAAAUGUCCUACCGAAAGCAAUAAAGCGCCUAUGUUUUGCUUUCUAUGCAGCACGGAUUUUUGCCUGUUCCCGCAUCAGCAUCACAGAUUUGCAUUCUUCCAGAUCCAGAUAUACUUGCAAUGCAUAGGGGCGUGGCGGCGGUGGUGGAACUGCUGAAAACGCUGUUUCAGAUCUACUGGCAGGGACGCGAUUUCGAGGCGGAAAGGAAGGCCGCGAUCGAGAAAGCGGAGCGCGAAAGAAUCUGGAAGUACAAGGUGCAUAUCAGAUGCGAAUAUAGUAUCUGGAUCUGGAGUAGCACAGAGUUUGUCGUGCUUGGUUGCCAGGAGAGAAAUGAAACUUGUCAUGCCUGUUGUGAUACAACAGCCUCGCGCGCCUCUUUGUCAUGCAAUGAAGCGAUUUCUCAUGCGGGAUACGGAAGACACAGCAACUCAAAAACUUGUCACGCAUGGCCCCAAAGAGGAGAGUGCGUACCAUCAACACAAUAACAUCACAAGUUUAUUCCGGACCCGGAUCGAUAUUUGCAUUCCAUAGUGAACACGAAGCACGUGUUUUGUGCGGAGAAGAAGAAAGCCGUUGCGGAAGUAUGAGUGGGGAAAAUGUAGCUUGGUAUGCUGAAUCUAUCAUGCAUGAAAACAUGAAGAGACUUCCUUGAGAAAGACCUGAUUCAGGCCAGCAGCAGUUUUGCAUACUCCAGCUCUGGGGCCUCCUAGAGGCGAGCAAGGGAUGAAUUGUGGGGGCGAGAAAUGAAGCCAAAUUGCAUGACAAACCCGCUAAGCAUACCAUAGCUUAAUUUUCCCGCAUGAUAAAAAUGGCAUGAGGCGUACGGUGAUGGCGCUGCGGUGCUAUCUCAGAUCGAGAUCUGCGGAGCGGUCUGAGCGAACACCGAAGUGGAUAAAACUGGAAUGGCGCUUUCGUUUGUGGUACAUCUUUUCGCAAUGUAUAUGUAUUUAUCGGUGUGCAUGUUGUCACUGCCGGAGAAUCAUGCGAUUUCGAUUGAUCGCAACAUCAAAGAUGUGUAUGAAGGGAUAGAAAAGUUCUUUCGGAUUCUUCACCAAAAAUCAAAUCAGACCGCGCACGCGGGACGGAAGGACCAGGAUGAUUUUAAGGUUCAACGAGAAUCUAGACGACAAGAUGAAACCUUGCGAGAACAUAGUACUUAAGCGGAACAAGAAAGCGGAACAGGCGGAAGAAUGUAGUCAUCGAUACGAUGAAAGCGAAGAAAAAAGACACACAACUAGCGACACUUUCGAAGAAAUAAUCUUAAUCACUCUCAGGAAUUCUAUAGCUUAUUGUUAGAGAAAAAGCGAUUGCAACAAGUUACUUUUUACUUCUCAAGAAGACCGUGAAGAAAUAAACUCAACGGUCGCAGAAGAUUUAGAAUACGAAAAAUUUGGAAAACAAAGGAGCGCAGUUUUGAUCACACGACAACUCAACUUUGGAACAGAACAACUUGUCUGCGGGAUAGAAGAGAACUGAAAACUUCCACCAACAGCUAAGGGAGGUGGAGCGUAGUUUUUUUCUAAAGGGCAAAUAUUAGAUAUCACAAAGAUAGUUUUUGAAAACGUAAGAAGAGACCGGGUGAGAGCCGGGUAAGAAUAGAAUGGGACAGAUGAGUCAUUUGUUAUUUGAUCAACAAAGGAAAUCCAGUACCCACAUGAACUCUUUCCUUCGUACUAAAACUAAAAUGCUGCAAUGGCAUUUUGAAUUGAAGAACGACGAAGAUGAACUUCUUUUUGUCAUGCGAUCCCCACGCAUGAUAGUAAAACUUCCUUCCCAAAAGAUGGUGUCUAUCUCGGCUUAUAAUUGAUGCAGAGUUC